AUGAAGAUGAUACAGAGAUCCCCCCCAUUAAGCACAGAUGAAUUGGUGCCAAAAAUUGGUAUGGAAUUUCAAAUAGAAGAGGAAGCGUAUGACUUUUAUUUGAAAUAUGCUAAACAAGUUGGAUUUGACAUACGAAGGACAAGAACCCAUAAUGAUAAUUCGGGCAGAUUAAUUGACAGGACGUUUUGUUGUAGUGCACAAGGAAAAAGGGGAAAGGACAAACGAGAUAUUUAUGUGAAGCAAAGUCGUGCUGAGACAAGAUUUGGUUGUGAUGCUAAACUGAGGAUUAGUUGUCGAAAUAAUGACAAGUUUUGUGUGGUGAACUUCAUUAAAGAGCAUAAUCAUUAUCUUUCAAGCCCAAACAAAACACAUCUCUACAGAUGUCAUAGGAACAUAUCUUCUUCUGCAGCGAUACAAAUUGAGAUGACAAGUGAGGUGGGAAUUCCCCCAAAAGCAUCUCAUGAUCUUAUGAUGAGACAAGCAGGUGGGAGGGAAAAUUUAGGGUUUAUUCCUGAAGACUAUAAGAACUACUUGCAAUCUAAAAGAACAAGAAAUAUGAGAGUGGGGGGUACAGGAGGUGUUCUAGAAUAUUUGCAGAAAAUGCAAUGUGAUGAUCCAAAUUUUUUUAAUGCUAUUCAAGUUGAUGAAGAUGAUUUGAUCACAAACAUUUUUUGGUCUGAUGCUAAGAUGAGAGCUGAUUAUGACAAUUUUGGAGAUGUUGUUUGUUUUGACACAACCUAUAGGAAGAACAAUGAAGGUCGUCCAAUUGCAUUGUUCGUAGGUGUUUAUCAUCAUAAGCAAUCCAUAAUUUUUGGUGCAGCUUUAUUAUAUGAUGAAACUACUUUGUCAUUUGAAUGGUUGUUUGAUACCUUCACUAAAGCUAUGUCUGAGAAAAAACCAACAACUAUUCUUACAGAUCAAGAUGCUGCAAUGGCAAAGGCUUUAGCUUUCAGAUGGCCUGAAACACAUCAUCGUUUAUGCAUUUGGCACAUUUAUCAAAAUGCCGCAAUACAUUUGAGUGGAGUGUUUUCUCAAUUCAAAGAGUUUGCUAAAGAUUUUGCCUCUUGUAUAUAUGAUUUUGAUGAAGAGGAAGACUUUCUUUCUACUUGGAACUUGAUGUUGACUAAGUAUGCACUUGAAGAUAAUGAUUGGAUCCCAAAUGAGUAUAUUUUGAAAAGAUGGACAAGAAAUGCAAAAGAUGAAUACUUUGAAGGUAAUGAUACAAUUGUGAACAAAGAUAGUUUGGAUCCAAAAAUUCUUCACAAUAUGCGAUAUAGAGAUUUGUGUGGGUUAUCUGUUCAAUUGGUUACCAAAGCAGCAGAAAGGGAUGACACCCACAUGGUUGUUAAAAAUGCUAUGUUGAGCUUAUGUAAGAUGGUUGAUGAAAAAUUACAAGUUAAUGAAUCAAUUGUGCAUCAAUCAAAUCUUAGCCAAGAAGCUAGUCAGUUGGUUCAAUCUCUAGAUGACACAACAAGGAAUUUGAAUGAAACAGAGUAUCAAAUUGGCGAAGGAAACGAUCUUACAGUCAAAGGAAUUAAACCUAAGAAGAAAACAGUUUCAAGCAAGAGGUUGAAAAGAGGCAUAGAAUAA